UUUAGAAUAAUUAUCUUGUAGACUCCACUAACGAGAUGUGCUGGGAUGAACGGCGCAGUUCAACCGCACAUUAUCCAUGAGUCUUCCCGGCCAACCAGCGCCCCAUUUCCUCAUCAGCAUUCAGCCAUUAACCAGCUCAAAUACCAGAUCAAAAAAAGCCAGUAAACUCAACUGCAGCCUUCUCCAACUUUCGCCGGAGCACCAUGACUCCAACCGACGACACAAUUGACAAGCUCGUCAUCUUCCUCGCCAAACGCGAUGGCAUCGACAAGCUGGUUAAAACCUUCCAAUACGUCUCCAAGCUUAUCCACCAUCAAUCCGAGCCCCUCCACCCGUUCCUAGCAAGCCGCGCAAAGCUCUUGGAAGUUACUUCCGGUCUCAGCCGCAAAGCCUUCCGAUCCGGACGCUUUCUCUCCGGAUUCAAUGCCCUACGCCGCAAUCCGGGCGCCCCACAUCUUUCAAUCUUUGCAAACGCCGGCGAAAUGGUUUACUUCUUUUUCGAUCAUUUCCUCUGGCUCGCUCGCGCCGGCGUUCUCGAUCCGUCCCUCGCCCCUCGCUUUAGCUUCGUCUCGGCUUUCGGCGAAUCCGUUGGCUACGUUUUCUUCAUACUUCUGGAUCUCAUCGCCAUCCGUAAGGGUUUAGUUGAACAUGGGAGAUUGAUUUCGCAAAAAGCAGGUCGGGACGAGACAGAGAGGAAGGAGAAGGAGAAGGCGAUUAGGGUUGAUAGAGUGAUGAGGCUGAUGGGCAUUGCGGCCAACAUCGCCGACUUGAUCAUCGCCAUGGCUGACAUCGAGCCCAAUCGGUUCUGCAACCACGCUGUGACGCUCGGGAUCAGUGGUCUGGUUUCUGCCUGGUCUGGUUGGUAUAGAAAUUGGCCGGCUUAAAGUUUUAUGCAUGUUAACAUUUUAUAAAUGAUUAGGGUAUUUUGGUGGAAUUUCUUAGUUGUUGCUACUAAGUGUCAACACUAGACCUUUCCAUUGCAAGGAUUUUAGUGAUGGCGGCUAUGACUGUAUUUGUUGGGUGCUUGAUGCCAUCUAGUAGA